GUGGGCAGGGCAUCAAUGUAAUGUGUGUGUGUGUGUGUGCAUGCACGCCCCUCUCUCUCUCUCUCUCUCUCUCUCUCUCUAUAUAUAUAUAUAUAUAUAUCAGCAGAGAAGAAGUCAGGAACACUGGCUUUUACUCAUACAACAUGGGAGCUGAGGUAUCCCAAGACAAGGGUGCAGAUCCUAAUGUAAAAGAUCCGAGCAGCAAUUCAUCAGAGAGUAAUGGCACCGAGGCCAAAACACAUCAAAAUACCACCCAAGUUAUAUUACCUCACAACUGUGAAGAAAUUUUGAAACAUGCUGAUUCUUCUGUUGACAGAUCCUCUAAAAAUAAGCUGCUGGAACAAGUCUAUGCCGGUGUUUUCUUGAACCAGAACAAGAAGAAGUAUUGGGCUGAGAGAGAGUCAAACUACAACUGCUUCUUCUUGUUUGCACAAGAUCUUUCAAUAACUUGGGCAGAAGACAGUCGUUUCUGGCAUUGGCCACUGUUAGAAGAGUCAAGUGAUGGACGUGUCCCAAUUGCUGAGCUGCUUGAUGUCUGCUGGCUAGAGGUGCAUGGGAGAUUUGACAUAUCUAACCUUUCACGGGGACCAACAUAUGAAGUUGUAUUUGUUGUGAAACUUAAUGAUCCUGCUUAUGGCUGGGAAGUUCCAGUGAAUCUGAGACUCACUUUACCAGAUGGAAGCAAACAAGAACAUAAAGAAAAACUGAUGGAGAAACCACGGGGAAAAUGGAUAGAAAUUGCAGCAGGGGAAUUCAAGACAACAGUUGAGGAAGCAGGAGAGAUGGAAUUUUCUCUUUAUGAAUAUGAGGGAGGUAAAUGGAAGAGAGGGCUACUAAUAAAAGGUGUUAGCAUUAGGCCCAAAGCCUCAGUCAAGUAGCAAAAAUAAUACCCCUUGAUCAUGGGAACUGUAGUUCCAUGUAUGCAUAAUGAUCAUAAGCUCCUGACUUACAUUCCUAAGCUGGUUUCUAAAAGAUUAAACUACUUUGGGCCCAUAUCAUAACUGAUUAAGGAAGAAAAGUUGAAAUUUAUUGAAUAGGUGUAAUACAUGCUAAAAAAAAUAUAUCUUAACCAGCAAUGCAUAAAACAAUAGGAUGUUCCUAAAUUGCUAAUAGUAAUCAUAACAUUAAACCUGAUACACAUGGCCAAUCUUGCGCAAAGCCACUGAAAAUACUUAAAGUUCAGCGUGAUAAUUCUUGGGUUUAUACCAUGGCGAGAAAUCAAUUCCUUUGCUCUUCAAUUUUUCGGUUGCCGGACCAAUUCUCUCAAGAAGCUACAUUCAAUAAAAUAAAGGUUUCAAUAUCCUCAAUGUGGUUGGUUACCAAGAAGUAUGUACACAAAAUAAAUUGGCUUGACAAAAUAACAGUUUCUAAAUUGUUUCAUAAGCUGAGCAUAUAACAUAAAAGUACUGCCAGAAGAAAUGUUAACUUUGUAAGAAAUAGCCUAUUAAGACCACCCCUUUUAUUAAUCCAGUAAAAGAAAUCACACAUAAACUAUAGUUUCAGAAGAGAGACUCAGACUCAAAUGAUUAAAACCACAACAAUGCAUGUUGUACCUUAAGCUCAAUACCUAGAUUAUGUGCAGAGACGAAUGCAAAAGAAACAGUUCCUAAAUAACAUUAAAUUAACUCACCUUGGAAUGAAUUGGUCCGUUGGAUACCAAGACGGAUCUAUCAAACACGCAAAAAAUUUUUCCAUCCAUGCAAGUAACUGCUCCCCCUGCCUCUUCAACUAUC